AUGUACUUACAGUAUUUUCUUCGUGGAAUUGUAUACGUCGGUAACCACAACGCGACGCUAGAGAAAGGGAUAAAAAGUUUCUCUUCGCUCCGAUUGGCUGGCGAUUCGCCAUUCCGAUAGUGCUGCCCUUGCUUCUUUUUCCCUUGAAAACUGCGCCCUCUCGAAUACGCAAUACAUACGCAGAAUGAAGGGGAUAGAAAACGUGACCGUAUGAUAUUAGCUAGACUCGAGUAGAGAUGUUGGUAGAGAAUAUAUAAUAUAUAGUGCAUUUGAGUACAUACGGUUAUUGAUGCACCUAACCUUUUCAUUAAAAUCUAACAUUCUAAGUGGAUACUGUACGAUAUUUUGACAGAAAAAGUGUCAAUGAUUACUCGUCCAUAUUUUGUAAUAUUCAUUUAGAAUUAUUAAACUAUGGCAACAAGGUUGUUCCGAAUUUUUUCAAAUGAUUUUCCACCGCCUUCGAGAAUUUGUAUCGUACAAAUUCGACAUGGACAUCAUCUACGAGGAAAACCGCCGACGAUUGCUCGCAACUUAGAACAACGGCUUGCGAUUCUUAACAAAACGGACCCAACAGUAUCAUUUAAAGUAAAUAUUGGUUUCUCCGUUCCGAAAGUGCCGAAAGAUUUAAUAGAAACUUGGCUGGCUGAGAAAAAAUCUGUGGCAGCAGAUCCAGAAAUGGAGAAGCAAGCAAGGAAUAAAUUAUUAUAUGUUGAUCUGGACGUAGUAAAAGAAAUAUGGCAAAAAAUAUCUGCUCCUAAUGCCAUACAUAAAAUCGCAGAGCAUUAUGGAAUUUUCCAAGAUUUGUUCGGGGAUGCAUAUUUCAAACCUGUUUUACCCUUAGAGAUUGACUAUAAAAUUGAAGGUGAUACAUUUGUCAGAGCUCAUACAGGAAAUGUUAUAAAACCUAGUGAAGCACACAAAUCCCCAAAUGUUAGUUAUUCGGCGAACGAAGGAACUCUAUGGACUUUGAUCAUGAGUACACCUGAUGGCAACUUACAGAAUUCAGAAGACGAGUAUUGUCAUUGGUUUAUAGGAAACAUUCCUGGGAAUAAAGUGGAGCAAGGAGAACAAAUAAUGGAUUACAUGAAACCCAUCCCAUCAAGAGGAAUUGGAUAUUAUCGUUACAUAUUUCUGCUUUACAAGCAAAACAAGCAUUUAAACUAUGCAGAAUAUAAAAAGGCUCAACCAUGUUUACAGUUGAAAGAACGCAAUUGGAAUACGCUAACAUUUUACCAAAAACAUCAGGACGAUCUUACACCCGCGGGUUUAGCAUUUUUCCAGAGUGAUUGGGAUCAUACAGUAACAGAAUUUUAUCAUUCGUCGUUAGACGCGGAGGAACCAAUAUUUGAGUACGACUUCCCGAAACCAUACGUCACACCACAGAAAUGGUUCCCACUGAAACAACCAUUCGAUCUUUAUUUGGAUCAUUACAGGGAUCCCAAAGAAACUAUGAAACACUUCCUAUUGAGAAAGUUGAAAAAUGUUCAUCCUUUCAGAGAACCAAAACCACCUUUGAAGUAUCCAAAUGCUAUCGCUUUCGAGAAGGAUGUACCUUCGUGGUUGAAACUAAGAAUGAAAAAGGAACGUAUUGGUUGGGGGCGAAUCAACGAUAUGAAGUAAUAUACUUCUCUUUGUCAAUAGGCUUUUGUAAAUAAAUUGUUGGCAAAUAUUAUGCAGACAAUCAGCGA